AUGGAAAUUCGAAUUAACGAUUUGUGUCGACGUUUAUUGCUGAAGGAAAAUCAGAUAUUCCUAAAUUUUGAACACGAACCCGUUAGUAAAAAAUUAGUAAGCUAUGUUUUUUCAAUCUUUUAUCGCACUAUAUCCCUUAUCGUCGACUUGUAUUUAGUUUAUCGAUAUCAUGCAACUUUAUGGAGCAAAUUUUCCGCCAUUCCGCUGCUCGUUUUGGCCGAUCGUGCUCUACUCGGUUAUAAAAAUAUAUACGACAUACUAGUAAGUAUCGUUUACGCUCUGACGUCAAAAUUGUUCUGCAAAUCUUCCGACGAUGGAUUCGUGUUUUUCUUGUCCGUUGGUCCGAUGUGCCCCUGCACAAAACCUCAUCAAUCUGGAUACCACGUGAGCCGUACUUUUUUAUACGGUGUUUCAUAA